GAUGGCACUUGAAGGCAGCGUCAGACUGCACUGCAUACGCGCCGUGGCGGAGAGCGAAGAUGGCGGCGAGUAAUGUCGAACCAGAGCCCGAAUGGGGCGACGGGGCCCUGGACACGGCCGAGGACACACUGGUGGCGAUGGAAACCCUGCUGGCCACACUGAGGGCCUUCGAAGACGUGCUCAGGCAACAGGAGAUAUCCACAGCGUCGUCCACGGAGUACUGCGACAACUUCUGUCAGGCACUGAUUCACUAUGCUGGGGGCAGGAACUCUAUGGAGCACGGUCUGCCUCUUCUGGAGGUUUACUGUCUGUCCAUAACCUGCUUUGCUGCGGCCCGAUCCCACCUCACUGCAGAGUCGGACAAAGUGGCCCUUGUUUUGAAGAGACUGGCCUUGAGCUGUUUUGAACUGUUGCUGUCAGUGCCUGAGAAUGAGAUCCCGUAUGAAGCCUGGGUUCAGUUCCACCACUCUGUUCAGAUUACCCAUGACACAUUGUUACAGUAUGGAAGCACAGAUCUCCAAGCUUUACUACAGAUCACAGGAGAGGGAGGAGCAUGGAGCAACCCAGUCCUAACCUCCCUGCUCACCGGCCAGCUCACCAACCCAGAAGAAGUUAAUGCAUACAUCAGCUUGGAGGGCGAGGGCUUCAUGGAGAUGCGGGUGAAACAUCUGGAGAAGAUGGGUGAAGUUGCCAAGGCCGUGGUGCUGGCUAAAGCUUGCACUGAAUGCAGCGUCAUCUCCAACCAAGCUACUUUUCGCCAAACAUACGUCUCUCUGCUGUGUCACCUGCUGCCCAGCGAAGAAGCCAUCAUGGAGAUUUCCAGACUUGACUGUAAGGAUGUUCUUGAGAUCACAUGCACCUUAGAGACAGAUGGGGAGGAGAACACUGCCUUCAUCUUGUGCACAACUUUCCUGACUCAGCAGCUUCAGCAGCAGAGUCAUUACUGCUCCUGGGAGUUGACUCUGUUGUGGAGUAAACUUCAGAGGAGAAUCGACCCCUCGUUGAUGUCUCUUCUGGAACGAUGCCUUCAGCUUGGUGCCAUUGCCAAAACGGUCCACCAUUUGCUUUACCUGGUCCGUGUGAUUCAGGCAGAGGCUGAGGAUCUGGGAGUACCUGCUUCAGUAGAACUGUGCGUCAAAGCCCUUCAACUUCCAAAGCAAGAAGACUCAGAUACAAGGAUAUCUGUCUGUAAGACGGUGUCCUGUCUUCUUGCAGAUGACCUUGAGGUGUUGCGUGCCUGCCAACUCACAGAGUUCCUGCUUGGCCCUAGUCAAGAGGUUUUUGCCUGUCUUGAGGAAUUGUAUUUACGCCCAGACCAAAAGUAUGACCAGGAAAAUGAGGUCAUUCCCAAUUCCCUUCGCUGCGAGUUGCUACUAGCUCUGAAAGCAUACUGGCCUUUUGACCCCGAAUUCUGGGACUGGAAAACUCUGAAGUAUCACUGUGUCUCACUUCUUGGGUUAAAGCCAGAGUCAGAAGGGGAGGACGACGAAGUGGUUGACAAACAAGACAUGGUUAAACAAAACGAGCCACAGGGAGUCACAGUGAAACUAGACCCUGAGCAUCAGAACGGGAUUAAUGGAAGUCUCCAUGGUCAGGAGCAGAAGGGUAAAAAGCUGUCGUCUAACUUGACAGAAAUCCAGGGAGAAUCGGAGCCAAAGAAACACAAAUUCUGCUGUCUGAUUUGUAAGAGGUCAGUCUCUGACACUCAACUGGUUCACCACUCCAAAAGACACGCAGAGGACAAAAGCCACCCCUGCCCUGUGUGCUUGGAAAGGUUUAAGAGCAGAAAGGAGCUUGUUCCCCAUGUGAAAGAACACAUUCAGAGUGAAACAUAUCUUUCCAAAAACGACAUAAAGAAAGAGGAGGUGCAGAAACCGAUAGAUGAGGACGAUGACGUUGAGCCAGGUGAGAUCACCAUUGACCCCUCUUUGAUGCUCUAUUACAAAUCCACAAACGAUCCAGACGUGCUGGACCACAUUGCGCAGCAGGCCAAAACUGUGAAAGAGAACCGCGUGGACGAUGACGAGCAUAUAACAUUCGAUUACAUUGACCAACACUUCAAACUGCAGAACCGAGAUGAGUAUCCGUGUCCAGGAAUGGGGUGUGCUAGAAUUUUUAAACAUUCCAAGUACUUAUACGUCCACUUGAAGUCAGAGCAUAAAGGCGAUGAGAACGUGAAGUAUUUCCGUCAGAUGAGAGACAAGCGGGAGAAGUGUGUUUUUUGUAGACGCCAUCUUGUCUCGGCUUACCAUCACCGCAAACAUCGAAGGGUUCACUAUGGUGACCUGCCUUACAUGUGUGUGGUUAUGGGUUGCGGUGCUCAGUUCAGAACUUCCAACGAACUUGUCACACACAAACAGACCCAUGGAUUUCAGCUCAACUACCAGUGUGAGCUCAAAGGCUGUUACAUCACCUGCUCUGACUUGGGACAAAUCUAUCACCAUGAAGCCCAGCAUUUCAGAGAUGCUGCGUUUACCUGCUGUAUCGCCGAAUGUCGUAAAUACUACUUAUCCAAAAAGGACUUUAUUAAGCAUUUAUCCACACACAACAUCACCUUCUCUGAAGCAGACUUUGAGGCCCAGAGGAAGGCAAAGCGGAAACUUUUUAAGACUGUUACUGAAGUGCCAGUCCACCUUAAUAAGUCAGCUAAUCCAGAAGAGAUUGUCAAUGGAGAAGUCCUGAACUCUUCCUCGUUGAGUUUCACCUCCUCUUUGCAAGAAUCUGACAGCAAAGAACCGAAAGCAACACUGACAUUAGUGGCUGUGUGUUUCGAUGGAAGCAAGUUCACCUGUGGGUUUGAGAAGUGUGGCAUGACUUUCUCCAGAGCCAGGGAUGUCCAGAGACAUCUCAAAUGUGCCCACCCUGAGCAUCUUAAAAUGGAGAACAAAGAACACAAACAUGACAAAGAGCAGGGCUCAAAAUCCAAAGGGAUAAAGACUGAAACUGAUUUAGACGAUGAGGAAAAGGGCAAACAUGAGCCCUCAACUCCAUUUAAACCUGUGGAGACUGGAAAAGAGAGAAAAGCAUCCGCUCAUGCCAAAAACAACGAAACAAACUCUUCAAGCCUUCCAACAAAAAACGAUGACCUAAAAGAAAUUCUUAUUGGGCUCAGUAAACUGGACCUUAAUUCCUCAUCCCCGAACAAUGUGCCAAGUGAGUCCGCUCAGUCCAACCCAGAGUCUAAUACAUCACCGUUAUCUCUUCAUCAGGCAAUUACGGUAAAGCCUCCUGUUGUACUGCUUCAGAAGAGACCUCCGGAGGUAAAGGUAGAAGUCAAAACUGAGCAAGCGUCAACAACUGAUGAAGACAGUGGUGUUGAAUCAUUAGCCAAUGCUAAGCCAUACAUCUGUCAGAUAAAAGGUUGUGGCUUCAGGACUGCUCAGAGUUACAGCUUACAACGGCACUAUAAGGCCAAACAUGGCCGCUCCAUUGAACAGGCCAGGAGGUUGACUUCUUUGAAAACCACAUCUUUCAAGCCUUAUGUCUGCCAGCUUUGUUCCAAGAGUCACAGACAAAAAAAUGUGUUGAGGGCCCACUAUUUUCAGACACAUAAGCUGAGCAAGACUCUGGUGGACGAAAUGAGCUGUGGGGCUACACGGUAUGAGGGAAACAAGGACUCUGAAAUGAACCAAGGUCUAAAUGUGAGGAAGAAAGAGAUCCCUAAAUUGCAACGCCAACCCGAGAAAAAAAACUCGACCACGAUAGGCGAAAAUGGACAAAACCUUGACAAACAUUCUCCAUCUGAAGAGGAAGGAGAGGACGAAGCAGAGAGUAGAGAGGAAGAAAAUGAGCAGAAGGGAGAAAGCGAGGUUAAGACCACGCAGCAGGUCAGAACUACAAGACGUCUGGUUGCCAAAAGUAAUCUGUGCUAUAUAUUGGAUAAAUUCAGUAAGCCCUUUCAUUGUGUAGCCAAAAACUGUGAUGCAGCUUUUUCCACCCAGGGAGGCCUUGUGCGCCACCUACAGUUGGUGCAUCAUUACAAUCGCUCUCAGCUCUUGCUGGAAAAAGAUUUUGAUGUGCACCACAGCCCAGAAGUCAAAAAAGAGCCUGCCAGGAAAAGGACUCUCCCAAACUCGGAUGAGCCUCAGCCCCAAUACAAAUGUCACUUUGCUAAUUGUGGCGCCUCGUACCACCUGAAGAGCAGCCUGGUACGUCACACUCGAGACUUCCACUCUCAACCACCAGAGCUGAUAAAGUGCAAGUUUGAAGGCUGCACAAGAGUAUUCAGCCACAACGAAGCACUUAAGAAACAUACACUUUAUAGUCAUUGCGAGUUAUAUGAUUCACUAGUGGUACGUCUACAGAGCACUCACAAAAAGUCAGUUACCGGAUGCCAGAAGAAGCUAAUCAUUACACCACCGAGUCCUGAGAAGGAAGCAACUGGUUCACCCACCACGCAGGCCGAGAGAUCGACUCCCGAGCCUGAAGUGACCCCCCAGUCCGAAGAAAUUAGCGAGCAGAGUCUUGAGGAGAAAAAAAAGUUGGAAAAGAAAAAGCAAAGAAAUAGUUACUACCAUUUAGUCUUCAGAUCUCAUGAAGAGGCACUACAGAUGUGCCAAGACCGCUGUCUGCGCGUGGCCUACCCUUGUAUGGUUCAGGACUGCGAUUCUGUCGUCACGUACAGUAAGAGUUUGCACCGUCAUUACAUUAAAGUUCACCGCAUAGGUCGAGAGAAACUUUCUAAGAAUGAAGAUAAGCUUGUUUUUACUGCCGAGCAGCUGGAGGAACUGAUUCAGAGGAAGUCAGCUGGGACAAAUGUGGCAGGUGCGUGUGUCCCUAAUGGGGUUCGAAAAAUGGAGUAUCAGGCAGAGGCAGAAAACACUGGGGGGCCGGCUGCACCCGUGAGCCUGCACUCCAUCAAGGCAGACACACAGGAGGAGGAUAAUCACGACCCACUGGGAUUUCCAGAGGCGGAAGAGGAGGAGCCGCCACUGGUUGAGAGAAAUGGCGUCCUCGUCGGUGCAGAUGAGGUGCUGUAUGGUGAAGCGAGCACUGGUGGGCAUACGGAAGACUCUGCUGCAGCUACACUCAUCAGUCAGAAACCGGAGGAGAGAUUAAGCUUGGAUAAAAUCAAACCUCUGCUUCGUCCUGUCACCAUCGACCUCUCGCCACCAUGCUCACUGCGCUUCACUACUGAAGAGGGCUUACAAGAUGCAUCUAGCAACAAGGAGGUUGGCAAAAUGUUAAACGGGUCAGCCACAACGCCCACUCCUGUUCGUCAGCCACUAAAACGAAAAAAUGAACUGUCUGAACCGCCGUCAAAUAUGAAAGAGCCUCAGCCUCGUAGCCCUUCUCCACGCUCUUUUGACAUAGGUGCUUAUAAGCCAAUAGGCUUUGAGUCCUCAUUCCUCAAGUUCAUACAAGACACCUCCCCAAAAGACAAAAACCCGGUGCCCAUGAAACGGCGUGACACCUUCAGACGCAGUUGUUCUGUUAAGGAGAACAACCAGCUGGGCAUCUCUCACACCCGCAGCAGGCGCACUCAUUCCCCACUGCUGAAGCCACAUGCUAUGACUGGGGAACUCACAUCAGUCGAAAACUUGAAGUCCAUCCUGGACAAAGCUCUUGCUGGUUGUGGGGACCUGGCCAUAAAACAGCUUCAGUACCUCAGACCUGUGGUGCUCCUUGGGAGACCUGUGUCCACCACCACCCACCUCUUCCCAUCAGACACCAACAACAGCAAACUGCUUUUUGGAAGUUAGUUUAACUGAGCAGCUGUAUAACAAGGCUUUUGCAAGUUUCUCUUUGUCUUUACACAAACAGUGUAACAGUAUUUUUCUUUGACCCGAAAUGAUAGUAUUAUGGGGUUCUUUGUUUGUUUUUUUUUAAGUUGCCAAACUGAAGUAUAAUGGAAAUUAGCAUAAGACAAAAACAAUCUUAAACUGCAUUUUAAAUCCAAGAAGAUUGUUGUUGUUCUUUGGAUUUCUUUUUUAGACAUCUAUUAUGAAGGCAUUCAGAUAACGCAUUAUGUUAACUCAUCAUCACAAGUGUAUAUACUGUAGUUCUCCAAGAUAAAUGUACAGAUUUUCAGAUUGUUAGCAAUGGUCAGUAGCGUAUUGCAAAGCCUUUUUACGCAUGUGAAAAUGUGACUGAAAAACAGCUCCUUACUACAAAGAUCUUAAGGAAUAUGUUUGGUUAUUUUUCACCUCAGUUUAUAUUGAAGUGUUGGGAUACAGCAGACAGAUGUUGGCAGACAUGUAUGUAACGCUUUCUGAUAAAAUAAAUGUGGAUAUGAAAUAAAGCCAUUUGCUUUUUGAUCAGUGAAA